GUUGGGGAGCACAGGCUCCGGACGUGCAGGCUCAGCGGCCAUGGCUCACGGGCCCAGCCGCUCCGCGGCAUGUGGGAUCUUCCCGGACCGGGGCACAAACCCAUGUCCCCUGCAUCGGCAGGCAGACUCCUAACCACUGCGCCACCAGGGAAGCCCUUACUUACUGUUUUUAUGUCCACAAUGUCAUAUGCUAGUCACCAGGAUCUUUUAAAUAUCUUUUUUAUCAUUAUAUAUAAUAUCAAGGAUAUUUAUUGUUUUGUGACUUGAGGUAUAAAAUUAGCACAAUGAAUUUCCAUCUGGUUGAGACAGACUGUCACUUGAUUUAAGCAAAUACACAAAAACCCACAUUUACGAAAUAAUGCCGUUCCUGAGUAAGAAGGGGAACUUGCAUUUGAUUCCCAGUCCAACUGCAUAGUAGGAUAAAUCCUGCACCAGCAGCAACACUUGUAAAUUUGUGAAAAUGAAUUUUAUCUUUCCUUAAAAAAAUAAAAUUUGUAAUCCAUCACACUUUCUUCCCUCACCCUUUAGUUUUUUGUAUUGUUUUGUUUUGUUUUGUUUUUGCGGUACGCGGGCCUCUCACUGUUGUGGCCUCUCCCGUUGCGGAGCACAGGCUCCGGACGCGCAGGCUCAGCGGCCAUGGCUCACGGGCCCAGCCUCUCCGCAGCAUGUGGGAUCUUUCCGGCCCGGGGCACGAAGCCGUGUCCCCUGCAUCGGCAGGCGGACUCUCAACCACUGCGCCACCAGGGAAGUCCAGCCUUUAGUUUUUCAUAAAUGAUAAAAAUGAGCCAGUUAUCAGAGAAGAAAUAGUUCUUACUUCAAAAGAUAAACAAACACAAAAAAUAAGUUGCUGGUUCCUAAUAGGAAAAAUACAUUUUAAUAAUUGUGCGACGAGAAGCUGCUUACGUACACAUUGCAGAUCAAAUAUUUGGAGUUAAGAUGUCAGUCACAUAGGUGGGUGAUUGUAACUUUAUUGCCAUUAAAAGGUUUCAAAUUGCAUUCGUGCUUCUGUGUACACAUAAUGAAAAAUGGGCAAAAUAAUGAAGAUUGAUAAUUCCCUGCGUCUGCUGUCUAAUUCUGCUGUCUGCUCUUCUACGAUGCCGCGUCUCUAAUUGUACACAGUUAGUGAUAGCUAGGAGUAUAAAGUUGUUGCCCAUCAAUAAAAAUCACACAGUUGGUUAAAAAAAAACUAUCAAAAUAGUUUCACACAAGGAAAAUAUUCUAUUUUUAUGUCAUUGGAAUGAUGCUCCCCAUUUCCUACGACUUGGUGUGGUGAGUAGAUCUUCAUGGAGGAACACGGAGUGACCCAAACUGAACACAUGGCUACCAUAGAAGCCCAUGCAGUGGCGCAGCAAGUUCAGCAGGUCCAUGUGGCUACCUACACUGAACACAGUAUGUUGAGUGCUGAUGAAGACUCACCUUCUUCUCCUGAAGACACCUCGUAUGAUGAUUCAGACAUACUCAACUCCACAGCGGCUGAUGAGGUAACAGCCCAUCUGGCUGCUGCAGGUCCUGUGGGAAUGGCUGCUGCUGCUGCUGUGGCAACAGGAAAGAAACGGAAACGGCCUCAUGUGUUUGAGUCUAAUCCGUCUAUCCGGAAGAGACAGCAAACACGUUUGCUUAGGAAACUUCGAGCCACAUUAGAUGAAUAUACUACUCGAGUAGGACAGCAAGCUAUUGUCCUUUGUAUCUCACCCUCCAAACCCAACCCUGUCUUUAAAGUGUUCGGUGCAGCACCUUUGGAGAAUGUGGUCCGUAAGUACAAGAGCAUGAUCCUGGAAGACCUGGAGUCUGCCCUGGCAGAGCACGCCCCUGCGCCACAGGAGGUUAACUCAGAGCUGCCGCCUCUCACCAUCGAUGGAAUUCCAGUCUCUGUGGACAAAAUGACUCAGGCCCAGCUUCGGGCAUUUAUUCCAGAGAUGCUGAAGUACUCCACAGGUCGGGGAAAACCAGGCUGGGGUAAAGAAAGCUGCAAGCCCAUCUGGUGGCCUGAAGAUAUCCCAUGGGCAAACGUUCGGAGCGAUGUCCGCACAGAAGAGCAAAAGCAGAGGGUUUCAUGGACCCAGGCACUACGGACCAUAGUUAAAAACUGUUAUAAACAGCAUGGGCGGGAGGACCUUUUGUAUGCUUUUGAAGAUCAGCAAACACAAACACAGGCCACAACCACACACAGUAUAGCCCAUCUUGUACCAUCACAGACUGUAGUCCAGACCUUUAGUAACCCUGAUGGCACUGUCUCGCUUAUCCAGGUUGGUACGGGGGCAACAGUAGCCACAUUGGCUGAUGCUUCAGAAUUGCCAACCACAGUCACUGUUGCCCAAGUGAAUUAUUCUGCUGUGGCUGAUGGAGAGGUGGAACAAAAUUGGGCCACGUUACAAGGAGGUGAGAUGACCAUCCAGACGACACAAGCAUCAGAGGCUACCCAGGCAGUGGCAUCAUUGGCAGAGGCUGCAGUGGCAGCUUCUCAGGAGAUGCAGCAGGGAGCCACAGUCACCAUGGCACUCAACAGCAACCAGUCCAGCCUGACUUCCAGCUCAAGCCUUCUGGUCAAGGGACAUGGGUCCCUUUUGCUUUAUCCUAUUCUGUGCUCCUUAACAGACCAAAAGCAGCAAGAUAAUUGUUUACAGCGAGAAGAGAUUAAAAGUAGAAGGCCAGUUAAGAAGAGGCAGUCCAGCGAAGCUGCCGCCCAUGCUGUCGCCACCCUGGCUGAGGCCACCUUGCAAGGGGGGGGACAGAUAGUCCUGUCUGGGGAAACCGCAGCAGCUGUCGGAGCACUUACUGGAGUCCAAGAUGCUAAUGGAGUAAUCACCGGUUCUACCCAAUUCUGGAAGACCCCUCGAGGACUGGUCCAGAUCCCUGUGAGCAUGUACCAGACUGUGGUAACCAGCCUCGCCCAGGGCAAUGGGCCAGUGCAGGUGGCCAUGGCCCCUGUGACCACCAGGAUAUCGGACAGCGCAGUCACCAUGGACGGCCAGGCUGUGGAGGUGGUGACGUUGGAACAGUGACAUGCAGCCAUAUCAUGGCAUCGUUUUCUAGUCUACUUCAAAAUUUUUUACACGUUUGCAGAGGUGCAAUCAAAUGAAAUUAAGUCUCUCGACUUUGGAAGAAAAGUUUUGUUAACCUUUUUUUUAAAAAGGAAGAAAGGCAGCGGAUUUUGGAAUUGCAUUUUUUUAAAGCACCACUCUUGAUUUUCUGGGAUUGGUGGAACAAGAUACUGCGUUGUCAAUUUCACUGUCCCCAAAAAGCCAAAUUGUGGCAAGGACUUCUUUCUGCGAAAACGUGUGUAUAGUUCCGUGUUUGUAUGUGUGAGUGUGAAUAUAUGUAUAUGUGUACAUAUGGAUAUACGCAUUUACAUAUAUAUAUAAAGUAUAUAUAUGUGUGUGUGUAUGUAUAUGUGUGUAUGUAUACGUGUGUGUGUAUGUAUAUGUAUAUGUAUAUAUAUAUAAAUAUAUAUAUAUAUAUAUAUAUAUAUAUAUAUAUAUAAUGUAUGUAUGAAACCCGCAUGGAAUUAUCUGUAUGAGAUCAAGGUGAGCUGUGGAAAAAAUAAUUCACCCAGUUUAGUGGGUGUUGGGUACGUGGCCAGACACAGCCACCGGUUUUUGUUCAUACCAGGGUCAUGCGUUGAGCUACUGACAAACUCAGGCAGAGGUGACCAUGCCCUUCACCAAAGCUGCCUCCCAGUGGCCACCCAGAACUCUCCCUGCUGGACUUGCCUGAGGAAGGAUGUUCCAGAAUGGGGUGAGGUCCAGAAAUUGUGCUUGCAGGGUCCAGGGCCUCGUGGUCUGGCAGCUGGGAUGCUCCUCGGGCUGGCCCAGGUGCUGACCUUGCCACGGGCAAGUGAACGUCCUUAAAACUCCCAGGCAGGGGUGAGAGGGUUUUCCUCAGCCUCCCAUCUCCUCCCCUCCUGAGGAAACCUUCUUGAUCUCAUGACUAUUAACAUGUCACUUUGGUUUUAAGGUCAGUCCUGAAUUGGUCGUGUAUAUGAAUUGAAGGUAACAGAAGUAUUAAGGGUUUGAGGAGUGCGUGCAUGUUAAGUGUGCUUGUGAGUGUGUGCGUGGUGGGGAGAGAAUGGGGGGGGUGGGAGGGGUUGGAAGGGGAAAGGAAGGAGGGAGAGAAAAAUCUUCAAAGACCAGGUUACACCAAUGGGAGCAAUUUUUUCCUUUCCUGUAACUUUCUGUAGCUUAACAGAGGAGACUGAAACUGACGGGGGCACCUGGCUCGUGGAAGGUUGGCCGUCACGCUGGGGGAAGUUAGAGAGAGAGGGCUGAGGGUGCUUCCUGCACUCCUGGAUCAGGCCCUGUUUCAGAAGGAACCCUGCAGUUUUCCCAGGUGCAUCCUGCUGGGCCUGGGUCCCCGCACAGCUUCCUUCUCACAGGUGUUGAUUGGUCUGGGUGUUCUUGUAACUAAAUUCUGUGAUUUCUCAGCUGCAAGCCCCAAGUCUCCAGCGGCUAAAUUCACCUGACUUUGACAGGCCAAAUCUCUGCUCCUUGAGUACAGGGACAACUCUUCCUCCCUCCUCCCGGGCCCCCCAUGUGUGAUAGUGUAUUUAAUGUUUUUUUUCUUUUAAUGCGACAUUAAAAGAUUCUUCACAUCUUGCUCAGCCUUUGAGAAAAGUUUCAGAUUCUUGUAUUUGCUUGUUUUAUAUAAAACUAUCCAAUGUUCUUUGUAUGUUUUUUUCUGUACGUAAUGGGGGAGGGAGGGGAAAUUUACAUAAAACAGCCCUAGUUCUACAAUUUGUUAUUUUUUUAAUUAUUAUUUUUUAUCGUCGUUGUGAAACUGUCCAGGGGCUUUAAAGUCCGUGUUCCUUUGUGGUGAAAUAACCUCCUAAUAGUUUGAGAAAUUGCCAAGAAGAAGAAGAAGAAAAGCAAGACCCCAGUAGCAGAGCAUGGAUUCUGUGUCGUUUUCCAUUCUGUCUAUUACUGCCUCAUUCAAUAAAUAGUAACAAAGUGGCAA